UUUGCUCAAGAUCCCAGCUCAGCUUCCUGAAGAUUCAGGUAGAGACUUCUGGCAAUGCAGCGGGUCCUUCUCACUGUCAUCAGUCUGGGCCUCUCUCUGCUCAGUUCCACGCUGCUCCUCACUGCCAUGUGCACCAAUAACUGGAUCGUUCGGCCCACUGUUUGGGGCAAUUACUAUGAAGGACUGCAGAAGUUCUGUCUACUGUCGAAAUGUGAAUCCUUGCAACGAGAUUGGGUGUAUAAUGUGUUUGUUUUAGGAUUCCUAAGUUUGGGGGCAGUGGCUGGAUUUACGUGCAAUAUUCUUUCAUUGCUCGUACAGAUAUGCGGAAAGAAGGAGCUGAUGCACAGAUUUGUGCGCAAUGCAGGUUUACUAUCAGUGAUGGGUACAAUGAUUGGCAUGAGCGUGUACACAGGGAGAUACACUCGCAAUUUUCCUCUAGCGUUCCAUGGCUGGUCCUUUUUCUUGGCCUGGUGCUGCUUUCCCCUUUCCCUUGCUGCAGCUACAAUAGCAAUGGUUAAUGAGAUAUUCCACAAAAGAGAAGAAGCUUCAUGACAUCAUUGGCAAACUUCAUCAGAAACCUAGCAGGAACUCCUCUGAAAUGGAUGGGAAGGAAUGAGAUGGAGCCUGAGCUCUUGCAGACGGACUAGGAAUCACUGGAGACUGGUCCAUCUGGGUGAAUGGGGCACUACCCCACCAAGCUUAGUCUACCUUCAGCCCUUCCCUGCCUGCUUUACUUACAACCAGCCCAGGGAGGUGGCCCUGGCUGUCUGCUUCCUCCUCUUUAGUAUCCGUUUUGCCCUUGGAGAACUCAUCAAGGAAGGGAAUGGGGACAAAACUAGAAUUAGUUGGCUCUGCCUGUCAUUGGCUCUGGCUCUUCCCAUUAUAGACUCUGGUUCCACUUACAAUUGGCCCCCACACUUUCCACCCAACCAGUACCAAAUAUAUAUAUCUUUGAACUUUGCAAAUCCCAGAUAUAUAUAUAUCUGAACUUUGCACAACACAUAGUGCAUGGGCACCUGACCUUCAGUUCCUUCACAUCUUCC